GAGGAGGAAGGAGGGGCCAUCUUGACAUCAGAGCUUGGUGAACUCUACCUGCCCCCAUGCAGUUUCCCAUGGGCCCUGCCUGCAUCUUCUUGAGGAAAGGCAUUGCUGAGAAGCAGCGGGAGAGGCCACUGGGACAGGAUGAGAUUGAUGAACUCCGGGAAGCAUUUCUUGAAUUUGACAAGGACCGAGAUGGGUUCAUCUCUUACAAGGAUUUGGGCAAUCUCAUGAGGACGAUGGGUUACAUGCCUACAGAGAUGGAGUUGACUGAGCUGGGCCAACAAAUCCGCAUGAACCUUGGUGGCCGUGUAGAUUUUGAAGACUUUGUAGAGCUGAUGACCCCCAAACUGCUUGCAGAGACGGCAGGGAUGAUUGGUGUCCAGGAGAUGAGAGAUGCUUUCAAGGAGUUUGAUACCAAUGGAGAUGGAGAGAUCACACUGGCAGAGCUGCAGCAGGCCAUGCAGAGGCUGCUGGGGGAGAAGCUCACACCUCGGGAGAUUUCUGAGGUGGUACAGGAGGCUGACAUCAAUGGAGAUGGCACUGUUGACUUUGAAGAGUUUGUGAAGAUGAUGUCUCGUUGAAGAGAUUUUCCUUCUGUGUCUCCCUUUGGAAAAGAUGGUGUGGGGAACUUUUUUCACAGUCUGAAGAAAAGAAAAUCUUUCAAAAAGUUCCACACACAGCCUACUUUCCGCCUGGCUCCUCUAACAACAACUUCAUUUCUUUUUCUUGGCAAGAGAGUGAUGAGGAGCCUGAUAAGUCUUAGCUCGGAGGAGGCCUUGAAGGUUGAGUUUCCCAGAAGCACAGUCUGUCACUUCCCUGUAAAUACCCAUGUCCCUGCUCUAGUGUGAGAUAACCCUGGGAGAACUGAGCUAAACCAUUAAUCUGGAUUAUCAAGGUUUAGAGCAAGCUGAUCCCUGGAGGGAAUUAAUCUCCUGUAAAAUAUUUCGAGGGAGGUGAAGCGGUGGAAAGAAGACAGGAUUCUUCAAAUCCCUAGCUCAGCCAGGUGACUGCAAUGCCAUUCCCAGAAGCCCUCUGCCCCUGUGCUGAUGUGCCCUGGGCUGCUCCAGGCGAGUGUCUACUUUCCUUAGGUGGUUCAUGGCCUCCAUCCUAACAUACAUGGAUCUGGACACUUCAGCCUCUUUAUCACUCAAGAUAAAGAAUUCGUGUCAUGCCUUCCUCCAAUCUUUUCUUGCUUUGGUGUUCUUUAGGUAAACCUAUAGAAUAUGUCAUCUGAUCUCUGACCCA